AUGGGUGUUAUUGUUCCAGAGCUCAAAUAUACUCCAUUGGAGGCCAUUCCUGAUCGCGUCUCUAUCAUAAAGAAUACUUUCUUCGAGAAUAAGACUCGCGACAUCGAGUUCCGUCUCGUGCAGCUUCGCAAGCUUUACUGGGCCAUCAAAGACAAUGAGCAGGAGAUUGCCGAGGCUUGCCGACUCGACUUGAACAGGCCAUUGUUUGAAAUUAUCACCGGAGAGAGCGGAUGGGUGCUCAAUGACCUCGUUUUCAUCAUUCGCAACCUCAAGAAAUGGGCCAAGGAUGAAUCAGCUGAAGAUAUUGAAAUUACCUACAAAUUAAUGAAUCCUAAGAUUAGAAAGGAUCCCUUUGGUUGCUGUUUAGUUAUUGGCUCUUUCAACUUCCCAUUCCAGCUCACUUUGGGUCCGGCCAUUGGCGCUAUCGCCGCUGGUAAUACAGUCAUUAUAAAGCCUAGUGAAAACUCAUCGCACUGCGCCGCUAUUAUGCAAAAGCUUUUUGAGACUGCCCUUGACCCCUCCUGUUACCAGGUCAUCCAAGGUAGCAUUGAUGAGACCCAGCUUUUGCUGGCCCAGAAAUGGGACAAGAUCUUCUUCACUGGCAGUCACGCUGUCGGUCGCAUUAUCGCCAAGACUGCCGCGGAGAACUUGACCCCGGUCGUGCUCGAGUUGGGUGGUAUGAACCCGGCCAUUGUGACCAAGAGCGCGAACCCGAGAUUGGUGGCUCGCCGCAUGCUCUGGGGUAAGACUUUGAACGCAGGCCAGAUCUGCACAUCUCAGAACUAUCACCUUGUGGACAGGGAGGUCCUUCCUCAGGUGAUCGAGGAGUUCAAGAAGGCCUACGACGAGUUCUAUCCCAACGGUGCCAAGGCAUCACCCGACUACUCACGUAUUAUCAAUAAGAGACAGUUUCAACGUCUCAAGUCCGUACUUGACAACUCUAAGGGCAAGAUCUUGAUGGGUGGUGAAUUAGACGAGGAGGAGCUCUACAUAGAGCCCACCCUUGUCUUGCUCGACUCAACCGAGGACUCAUUGUGCGAGGCAGAGACCUUCGGUCCCUUCCUUACCAUCAUUCCCGUGGACAGCACAGAUGAAGCAAUUAGACUGGCUAAUAAUGUGCAAAGCACACCUCUCGGCGUCUACCCCUUCGGCAACAAGGCCGAAGUUGAGAAAAUUAUCGCCAAUACCCGAUCUGGCGGUGUUGCCGUCAACGACGCCUCUCUGCAUAUUCCCACCUUGUCAUUCGGUGGGGUCGGAGAAAGUGGUACCGGCUCAUACCGCGGUCGUGCCAGCUUCGAUGUUUGGGUGCAUCGCCGUACUAUUACCACUAGCCCCGGCUGGAUCGAGGCCAUUCUCGGGAUCCGUUACCCUCCCUACGCUGCAAAGGUGAAGCCGUUUAAAAUCGCUACUGCGACCUACCCAGACUUUGACCGCACCGGAAAAAAGAUUGUAUGCGGCUGGCUCAAGUGGUUUUUGACACUUGGAGGUGGAUCAGCUACUAAAGGGGCUGUCCGAUAUGCAACUAUUGCAGUUAUCUACUACUACGUCAUCAAAUACCUCGAGCGUGGCGGCACCAAGUUCUGGUGA